AUGCUAGGAAAUAAAAAUAAUUUAACAUACGAAGAGAGAUAUAAUAGCGAUUAAAAAAUACAACAAAAUAUUGUUAUCCUUUAUUUGAUAUCCGUCUUUACUUAUUCACUAGCAAUUGUAUUGCUUUCCUAUUCGCAAUAUAUCAAUUUUAAUUCCAACCUCCCCUCAGACUUUGGAUUACUAAUUUACAAUUGGGAACAAUAUCCUAUCAAGUCGAUAAGGAUUGCAGAAGAAACCGAUCUAAACAAAGUUACUGCUACAUUUGAAAAUCAAAAAAUUCAAACAUAUAGAAUUGACAACGAAAAUUUUGCAUUGACUAUUGAAAAGUUAGAUACCUUCACCUUUGUUAACAACUAUACACUUGAUUCAGAUUGUGAAUAGGAAUAUCAAUUAUGCGGAGGUGUUGAACUGAAUUCCAAAUAUUGCAUAAACAUAAAUUAAAUUACCUCUGCUUUCGAAUGCCCUUUUAAUGAUAUCCUAAUUCAAUAGAACUUCACUAAUGGCUAUCUCAAAAACUAGAGUGUUAGUCUAUAAAACUUUACGAAUUAUUUCUAUGAAACAAAAUUGCAAUUGCGCUAAGGAUCUGUAAAUAAAACCAUUAUGGUGUUGUCCUCCGUUUAAUCGAGGCAACCUAUAACCAAUUUCAGAUUUGGAUUUAAUGGAAAAGUUUGCAAAGAUUCAGCUGAAUUUCAAGUAUGCUCAGAAGACUUAUUGAACUACAAGGAAAUUUCAAAAAUGAAGGCUUCAGAAGUACUCGAUCUCAAUGCAAUCACCAAUGCUAAUAACAUUACAAUCAAUGAUACUAUUGGAUUGUACGCUGAAAGAUAUAUUGAAUUUAAUAUGGACUGCAGAUACACUCUCAUUGAAAGAGUCUUGGAAAGCCCUGGUUACUAUAAGGAUUUGGGCUACAUAUUGUACAUUCAAACACUUUUUACUUUGGUAUAUUGCAUAUUUAUCGGAAUAAUCCUAAACUUAUUACACUUUUUCAUGCUCUCUGAUUUCACCUUUAUUCUGGUUCUGCCCAUAAUGAACCAGCAGCAAAGCAAAAUCAUUAGAAGAAUAGUAUAUGCUAUUAGAAUUAUUUCCUUCUUAUCUUAUGGCACUAUCAUUUGUCUGUUGUACUUCUAUGAGGCUCAAUUUCAUGAUACCAUUAAUAGAAUUGUGAAAAGUCGUUGCUUAGAGGAGGAUUUCUUAUAUAUAAUGAGUGACACAUUAGAUGAGAUUGAUAAAUUUAGAUCAAAUUAGAUUGCAAUCUUUUGGAUAUUUAUAGUCAGCUUGAUUUUAGAAGUGUUCGCCUGUUUUGUCAUAGUCUAUAGAGGAGCUAAUGUUAAGAAAAAGAACUUACUAUAAAAAUAAUAUGAACAUGAAUUAGAGAUUAAGCAUGAUGAUUAACAAUAUUUCUUUAAGACUGAGUAGAAAUAACAAUAGAAUAGAGUUUUACCUAGACAAUCCUUUACUCCAAAUGAUAAGUAAGCAAUCAGAUAAUCAAUGAUAUCUGAGAAUUCCUCAUCAAGAAGGAACAAAAAUAAUAACAUGUUAGCUGACAUUAAUGAAUAGGAUGAGUUUUAGAAUCCAAGAGAGUCAAUCAAACCUGUAUUUUAACAUAACUAUUCUCCUCACAAUACCAUGCAGUCUCCAAACAACUAUUAAGGAUAAAAAAUUUAGUUUAACUCAUGA